UGUUGGUUUAUAAGGAGUUAGUUUUUCAUAUCGGCUGACAUCGCUUUGCCAAUAUUUUGUCAUGUCAAUACCGUCAGUCUUGAUUCGUACGUCCGCUCAGCCGUGUCGUUGAGUUUGAUCGACGUCAAAUGCAGGGAUAAAGCACCCACUUUCAAGUGAUAUUAGAAUUCGUGUCAACCGGAGCUGCGACAACCUGUUUUAUUCGCAACUAAUACCGAUAUAGAAAAAAGAAACGCAUCGAGGAAUACAAAAGAGUAGAUAGCGCACAAUGGGGACUGACAAAUUAAUCACGACCGGUCUCUAUCUCUUUUCGGGACUGAUGACUUUUUCCAUCGUCGUCGCCUCGCCCGUUGCACAGACAGCUCAACCGGAACUGAAACUCGUACACGUCGUAUUCAGACACGGUGAUCGUGCUCCCGAUUCGGGUGAACUUUAUCCAAACGAUCCUCACCGUAACAACCCCUACUAUCCAAUGGGCCUCGGAGGGCUGACAAAUGCAGGAAAAAUGCGGGAAUAUCGUCUCGGCCAGCUACUCAGAUCGCGAUACGAUAAUCUACUUGGACCAAUCUACGAGCCUCGGUCCGUUGAGGCGCGCAGUACGGACUACGACAGGACGAAAAUGUCGCUCCAGCUGGUCCUGAGCAGCCUCUUCGCGCCUUCGUCCGUCCAGCUGUGGAACGAGAAUCUCAUGUGGCAGCCGAUCCCGACGACGUACAAGUCACCGAACGAGGACAUUCUGCUGAUUCCCGAAGAUUGUCCGAAAUACCAAGCUGAGCUGAGGAGGGUCAGGAACAGUUCCGAGGUGCGAGAAAAGGAGUCGAAGUUCAGAUCCCUGAUGGAAUACGUUCAGAGAUGGAGCGGAAAAUCGACCAACACCACUACCGAUCUGUAUUAUUUUUACCACAUGUUGACGACCCAAGCUUUCAUGAAUUUGACACUGCCGGAGUGGACGAACGAUAUCUAUCCGGACGGUGAACUUCUUCGAGGUGCGGCUCUGGAGUACCAGAUUAUUUCCUACAACGAGAAAUUGAAGAGAUUAAAUGGCGGGAUGUUGUUGCGAAAAAUUACCGAAGACGCCGUUGCUCUUAGAAGGGAGACCCUUCCGGCGGGGAGAAAAAUUUACCUUUACAGCGGUCACGAGACAAAUAUCGGUGCGUUACUGUCUACCUUAGGAUUGUACGAACCGCACGUGCCGGCGUACGGGAGCGCCUUGAUUGUCGAACAUUGGAAACAAGCGAGAAAUCAUUUUAUCAAAGUCAUCUACUAUACCGGAGUCCCCGACAAACUAGUAACGAAGAGGAUAACAGGGUGCGGCGACCUUUGCCCUUUGGACAGGUUUUUGGAGUUGACCAAACCGGUAAUACCAUCGGACGACGAGGUAUUCUGCGUAAAGGAAUCCACUUGCAGUGUGUCUCGUAAGUUGCAGUCGAGUAGCCCGGUUACGAACUCCGAAAUAUCGAGGUAGGGAAUCGCACCCUAAAGGGAUAAGAAUUGAAUCCAGUUGUUAUCGGGAGAUGGAAGAAUCCUUCGAGUAAUUCGACAAGGGGCAGACCCUGCACGGUAAUUUCAGAUGGUAAUACGCACCCGCCUAAAAUAUGUAUGGCACGGAAUCAAAGCCCAAUGAAAUUAGAUCAAUUGAUAGAAAUAAUAAAUUUAAGAAAAUGAAAAUAUGAAGUACAAAAUUUCAUCUGUCCGACUUGUAAAAUUAAUACGUAGGUACGAUAUAUAGGUAGUCACGUGUCGAACGACACGCUAAUUUUUAAAUAUAAUAUAAGUUCACCUAUCCAGUAUCCCUUGAUCUUUCGUGAUAAUAAAAAUAAACGCGGCACGUACCUCGUGGAAAUUGAAUAAUCACUCGACUGUUUUAAAACAUUAUUAGAUAAUGUGCGACGAGUCAUACGAUACACACAAUACGAGUAUGUUUAGAUAUAGAAACGGGUUUCUCAUUUUCUGCCGGUACCUAGGUAUCAACGUCGUUCGUCGUUAGUUCGAUAUUUUACCUGUUCCCAUUUUAAUUUAACAAAUAAUAUUCAUAUCACUGUACUUACUCGUAAGACUCGAAAUGGUCGAUGUUGUACACACGUGAAUCCGCAAUUGAAUAAACAUGCGAUUGGUUAUAGUA